ACCGCCGGUCAGAAUGUGUUGGUCUGUGGCGCCGGUGCGAUGGGAAUGAUGGCCUUCCUGUGCGCCAAAGCUUUCGGCGCCAAUAAAGUGUUUAUAACAGAUCUGAACAAAAGUCGUUUAGCAUUAGCCGACAAAUUAGGUGUCGAUAAGUCUUACGUAAUCGAUCCCAAGACUUUCAACGACUAUGAAAUGGCACAGACUAUCAUCAAAGAUAUGGGAUGUAAUCCAGAUAUUAGUAUUGAGGCCACCGGUAAUGAUAUGAGCACUUCUAUGGCUAUCUAUGCGACCAAAAACGGUGGAAAAGUGGGAAUCGUUGGUUUGGGAGGCCUUAAGAGUACCGUUCCGUUAGUUCACACAGCGAUGAGAGAAAUUGAUUUAAUAGGCGUUUGUAGGUUUAGGGAUGAUUAUCCAUUGGCGAUCUCAUUGAUUGCAUCGGGAAAAGUCAAUUUGAAGCCUUUAGUGACCCAUAAAUUCCCGGUCACUGAAGCCAUCGAUGCCUUGAAAUUCAUGAAGAAGAAUGUGGAAGGGUCGCUCAAAAUUAUGGUUCAAUACUGACUCGUGAGAUGCAUCACAUCGUGCUAUUAAUAUCAAACUUUUAUAGUGUUUUCAAAUCAAUUCAAGUUUAAAAUACAUUUCUUUUAUGUCUAACAUAUUUUUGAAUUUACAAAAAUUAUGUCAUUAUCGG